AUGCGAAGAACAGUCGACCAGUGUCCUGCAGACAUUGUUUUAGCACCAUCAAGGUGCCCCUUGACUAAUCUCGAGUACGCCGAUGAUGUUGUUAUAUUCGCGGAAAGCAGUACGAAACUUCAACAUGUUGUCAACCUUGUGUCGAAGCUGGCUGCAGCCUAUGGACUACGUCUACGCCCUGAUAAAUGCAAGCAGCAAGCUAAAGCAGAAGAAUUCGAAGCUUUCUAUAUGGACUCAGAGAAAUUCUACAGAGCCGAGCACACCUUCUACAAGGCCACUGUUGAUUUCAAUUACACCAUAAUGCUUUUGUGCAAUGUUAUUUCAUUAUUCGGAUGUAAUAAACGCACGGAUGGAUUUCCGCUUUGUCGCAUUUUAAAGCUUUUCCGGUGCAGCUUAGUGUUAUCUGGGCGCCUUCACCUUGAAGGAUUUGCAAGUGAAAUGUUACUACUGCUGUCACUAAUAGUGGCGUUUAACGGAUACGCAGAAACAAGGUUGGGUUGCAAAAAUAUGGAAGGAAAAGAUGUUGACUGGUUUGUUGCCAUUAAGCUUCCGGCGAGAGAGGAUGAAAUGAAAGGUAGAGGUUUUGUGUAUUUUGAUGCAACACAGGAUGACUGGAAAAUGAGCCCUGAGCCAAUUGAUAGUGUCACAUCUGCUAUUGGAGCUACUGUUGAUCAGUUUUACAAUGUCAAAAAGACGAGCACUUUUACUAUCGCUUAUAACGACGACAGCCCUAAAGCAGGGGCUGAGAGUGGUCGCGGUCACAGCAAAGGCUUGGCAGUGUUCGAUUACGAAGUCGGAUUUUGGUUGGUCCACAGCGUCCCAAGGUUCCCACCAAUUAAUAAAUAUAGCUUUCCCCGAAGCGGCGAAAAAUUUGCGCAAUCGUUUCUAUGCCUUACUCUUGGUGUUGAUAUGCUGGAAGACGUCGGUCAGUACAUGCGAUUUGCACAAGUUACGCCUUAUUUCUUCAGUUUGCCAAAGUUACACAAAAUCGCGGCACCUUCACUCUUAGAUGUCGUUAACAAAAAGUCUUUACCUCGAUCUGCAACUGUGUACACAACAAUUCGUUCUAUACAAACACUUGGUGGUAAAAAAGCUGAAGCAUUCUCCAAACACAGAAACUUCGGCAAAGACCUUUGGCAUGAUUUUAUUGCUCCAAAUCUCAAAACAUCCAUGGCAGUUGAAACGUGGAGAGGAGGAAGCGCCAUAGACAUCGGGUCGCAAUGUCACAGAAAACAAAAUGUAUACGAUAUCAACAUCGUGACUGUACUCAACAAGACGUUUACGAACUCACAAGAUCACUCUAAAUGGGGUGUCUCUUUGAACUCUGAGAUUCCAGCUGUAUGCGUAGGAGGCAUAAAUAGACAGGAAUCUCAAUUCAAACGUGGUGGUGGCGCCAUAUGCAUAACAGAUCGAAAUCUGUGGACUACGUUCUAUGGUUCUGUCGAUGAAUACGAGGAAUGCGCAUAA